AUGGGCUUAGUCCAUAUAAAGAAAUGUAAUUCACUAGGCCCAAAGAGUGGAAUUCACACCCUAAACCCUCUCGUGUAUCCUCUCUCUCCUCUCUGUCUCACUGCAUCAUCAACUCCGACCCCGACGAAGCCAGCCGGAGGAGAAGUUUCACUGUUGCUGUCCUGUGAAGAUUUGCCGACAAAGAAAAAGUCUUAUCUGGUCACUUGA